CCGCUACUCUCCUCACAUCUCUUACUGCUCUACCAACCUGUUCUUGAUACCCUUUUCCCUUUCUACAGUUCCGAUUGCUCAAAUGGUACAUCUAAUUGUUUAAACACCUGUUUACCGUCUCCACAUCUCCACCAUACCAACCAUGGCGCCGCGACGACCAGGCCAACCUUUCCGCCGUGUAGGCAAAAACGGAACCGCCUCCUACGGCCCUCGCAAACCAAAGACCGUCGACGCCUCCACCCUCCGCAGCACCGAAGCAACCUCCCAAAAUGAGAAAUUCGAAGCCAUCCGCCUGGCGCACAGCAUCGAUGAGGCCAUGGGAUUCCCCCGCUACGAGGCGGGGAAGAAGAAAGUGGGAUGGCUCUGCAAUAUGCAUUCGACGACCAUUGAGGAUGAGAAUGUACCUGGCGGGAAGGCUGGGGUGGAUUAUUACUUCAUUGGCGAGGAUGGGGAGACGUUCAAGGCCACGCUGGAGUAUGAUCCGUACUUCCUGCUGGCAGUGAAGAGGGGGAAGGAGCCGGAGGUCGAGGAGUGGUGUCGGAGAGCUUUUGAGGGGCUCGUGAAGAGUAUAAAAAGGGUGGAGAAGGAGGAUCUUUCUAUGCCGAAUCAUCUUGUGGGAUAUAGGAGGACCUUUCUGCAGCUCUCGUUCGCGAAUGUGAGUGAUCUGCUCGCUGUGAGGAAGGUGAUUGGUCCUCUCGUGGAGAAGAAUAAGAAGAAGGUGAAUGCGAUGGAUACAUAUGCCGAAGUGGCCAGCGCGGAAGCUGGCUUCGACAUGUAUGAUGAUGACUUGGAAUAUGAGAAACGAACGACUUCUACGAUUGAUGCCAGCGAUUUCAUUAUAGAUAUCCGGGAAUACGACGUUCCCUACCAUGUACGAGUAGCUAUUGAUAAAGAUAUAAGAAUUGGAAAAUGGUACACGGUCGAAGCAAAACACGGCGUCACGACCAUGACAUGUAUAGAAGAGCGACUGACACCUGCCGAUCCGGUGGUUAUGGCGUAUGAUAUCGAAACAACCAAAUUACCCCUGAAGUUUCCCGAUGCUGUUAUCGACCAGAUCAUGAUGAUCUCGUACAUGAUCGAUGGUCAGGGUUUUCUGAUCACCAACCGCGAGAUCGUUUCCGAAGACAUUGCGGACUUCGAGUACACGCCGAAACCGGAAUAUGAGGGUCCCUUUAUGAUUUUCAACGAGCCAGACGAGAAGGCAGUAUUAGAGCGCUUCUUCGAGCACAUCAAGGAGGCGAAACCCACGGUUAUGGUCACGUAUAACGGUGACUUCUUCGAUUGGCCGUUCGUGGAGGCAAGAGCCAGUGUGCUUGGAAUCGACAUGUAUCAAGAGAUUGGAUUUCGGAAGAACAGUGAAGACGUCUACCAAUCCGAUUAUUGUGCACAUAUGGACGCCUUUGCUUGGGUCAACCGAGACAGUUACCUGCCACAAGGUAGUCGAGGCUUGAAGGCGGUGACGGUUGCAAAGCUAGGAUACGACCCGGACGAGCUGGAUCCGGAACUCAUGACGCCCUAUGCCAGCGAACGGCCGCAGACGCUUGCUGAGUAUUCGGUUUCUGAUGCCGUUGCGACCUACUACUUGUACAUGAAAUAUGUACAUCCCUUCAUUUUCGCCCUCUGCACGAUUCUGCCGCUUCCUCCGGAUGAUGUUCUGCGGAAAGGUACCGGUACUCUCUGCGAGAUGUUGCUGAUGGUUCAAGCAUAUCAGAAAGGAAUCGUACUGCCGAACAAGCAUCAAGCUCCUAAAGAGGCCUUCUGGGAGGGCCACCUGCUCGAAUCAGAAACGUACGUUGGAGGUCAUGUCGAAAGUAUCGAAGCCGGUGUGUUCAGAAGCGAUAUACCAUGCAACUUUGCAGUGGACCCGACGGCGAUUGACGAGCUCUUGAGAGAUCUGGACGCCGCGCUCAAGUUCAGCAUCGUAGUGGAAGAGAAGAAGAAGCUUGAGGAUGUAGUGAACUACGAUGAGGUCAAAGCGCAGAUUGCUGAGAAGCUCAACCAACUCAAGGCCACCCCGAACCGGAGCGAACGUCCUUUGAUCUACCAUCUGGACGUCGCUUCCAUGUACCCUAACAUCAUGACCAGCAACCGGUUGCAGCCCGACUCCAUGAUCAAAGAAUCAGAUUGUGCCGCAUGCGACUUUAACCGUCCGGGGAAGACUUGCGAUCGACGGAUGCCUUGGGCCUGGAGAGGCGAGUUUCUACCGGCGAAACGAGAUGAGUACAAUAUGGUUCGUCAUGCCUUGGAGAAUGAACGCUUUCCAGGGAAGUACAAGAACUCGCCCGUCCGGACCUUCCAAGAAUUGUCAGCAGAUGAACAGGCGAAUUUGGUCAAGAAGCGCCUGCAGGAGUACAGCAAGAAGAUCUACCACAAGAUCCACGAAUCCAAGACAAUUGUGCGGGAAGCCAUCAUUUGCCAGCGCGAGAACCCCUUUUACAUCGACACUGUCCGAGACUUCCGAGAUCGACGCUAUGACUACAAAGGAAAGCAGAAGGUCUGGAAAGGCAAGACGGAAACACUCAAGGCCGCUGGUGCUCCUGCCGCAGAGAUUGAUAACGCCAAGAAGAUGAUCGUUCUGUUCGACUCGAUGCAGUUGGCCCACAAAGUCAUUCUCAACAGCUUCUACGGUUAUGUCAUGAGAAAGGGAUCCCGCUGGUACUCGUUGGAGAUGGCUGGUGUCACGUGUCUGACAGGCGCGAGAAUCAUCCAGCUGGCUCGUUCACUGGUAGAGAGGAUAGGGCGACCGUUGGAGCUUGACACCGAUGGUAUCUGGUGCAUUCUGCCUGCCACAUUCCCGGAGAACUAUGCGUUCAAGCUGAACAACGGCAAGAAGCUCACCAUCUCCUAUCCUUGCGUUAUGUUGAAUCACUUGGUUCAUGGGCAAUUUACGAAUCACCAAUAUGAGACCUUGGUGGACCCGGCAACGUUUCGGUAUGAGAAGCACAGCGAGAACACCAUCUUCUUCGAAGUCGACGGUCCUUACAAGGCAAUGAUUUUGCCUACGUCCAAGGAGGAGGACAAGAACUUGAAAAAACGCUACGCGGUAUUCAACCAUGACGGGAGCUUAGCUGAACUGAAGGGUUUCGAAUUGAAGCGCCGUGGAGAACUCAAGCUUAUCAAAAACUUCCAGGGGCAGAUCUUCAAAUUCUUCCUGGACGGUACGACCCUUGAAGAGACCUAUGGUGCUGUAGCCAAAAUCGCGAACCGCUGGCUCGAUAUUCUCGAUACACGCGGCGCCACUCUCGCAGAUGAGGAGCUCAUUGAUCUCAUCGUCGAGAACAAGAGCAUGACGAAGACGCUCGAGGAGUACGGAAACCAGAAAUCCACUGCCAUUACCACCGCCAAGCGGCUGGCCGAGUUCUUGGGCGAGCAGAUGGUCAAGGAUAAAGGCCUCAACUGCAAAUAUCUUAUAUCUGCUCGACCCAAGAAUGCGCCGGUCACUGACCGUGCCAUCCCAAUAGCUAUUUUCUCUGCAGAAGAGUCCGUCAAGCGCUUCUUCCUGCGGAAGUGGCUUCGUGAUGAUCCGGGCGAUAUGGACCCUCGCAGCAUUCUGGAUUGGGAAUACUACAGAGAGCGCCUUGCGUCUGUCAUCCAGAAGCUUAUCACGAUCCCGGCUGCUCUGCAGAAAGUCCGCAAUCCUGUUCCCAGGGUUCCGCAUCCCGAUUGGCUUGAUCGACGUAUAAGACAAAAGGAAGACAAGUUCCAGCAGAAGAAGAUGACGGACAUGUUUGGCAAGAAAGCGCUUACGGAUGUUGAUCCCAAUACCUUAAACACUAGGGUCAGCGCGGGAGACCUUGAGGACUUUGGAUCUUCAGGGUUGUCGCCGAAGUCGCAGGUCAAGAGAGGAGUCGUCACAAAGAUGGUUGCGAAGCGAAAGGAACCCGAGCCUGCAGUUGCAGUUCAAACCAACCCUUAUGCCGCUCUUCCGAAGGUUAUGCCAUCCAUUACUGAAGACUACUCCGGCUGGCUUCAAUACCAGAAGCAGAAGUGGAAGAUUCAGAGGCAAGCCCGGAAGCGGAGGCGCCAACUGUUUGGAGAGAAGCCAAUCGACGCUUCUGAUGCCAUUGGCAGUUUCUUCCGCAACCAGACUGAGCUUUUGUUCAUAAGCACGUGGCAGCUCAUCCAACUUCGGCCAACCGAGACGCCCGGGGAAGUCAGGGCGUUCGUACUGAUCGACAAGAAGAUCCAUAUGCUCAAGAUUGUGGUCCCACGGCAGCUAUAUGUGAACUUUCGAAGCGAGGACCUGCCCGACAUAUCCAUCAGUGGGUGCAGCGUUGAAAAGGUCGUCAAUUACACACUUCCGAACGGACAUCCCUCGGUCCAUCUAUUCAAGUUGGAAUUGCCCGAGCAGACCUAUGUUCAAGAGGCGAAGCAGUUCGCUGCCCUUUUCAGCCACCCUAGUGUCGAAGGCAUCUACGAAAAGCAGGUGCCAUUGAACAUUCGCGCCAUUCUCAAGCUCGGAAAUGUGUGCACCUUUGACGAGUCUCAGAAGGGUGUCCUCGGAAAGGGCCUUGAGCAAGGGUUCGAUCUGAGCUCGUUGCGUAGAGUGCCAUCCAAGGCCCCGUACUUGUCAGGAGCUGCGAUCAGCUACCUCUACCUGUACCAUGUCAGCAGUGGAGAGCGUAACAUCUAUGCCUUAUUCUCGACUUCCAAGGACACUGCACACAUUAUCAUCCAGAAUCGGACAAGAGACCUGCAGGGCAUGCCCAACGUGGAUCGCAUCUAUGUCGGCUCACUACAAAAAAGGUUGGAGGACAAUAAUGGUGAACCAUGGCAGACCUGUGUCGAAUACCAAGAGAGCAUUCAUUUCCGGACAACCCAGGUUACAACAAGACGCAAAGCACUGCUGGAGAUUGGUGAUACCAUUAAGAAGAUGAAGCAGGAAGAAGGCAAGCCUAUCAUCGUCAUCAUCCAGUCUCCAAACCAGGCACUGCUUUCCCAUGACAUACCUCUUCUGAAGGAUUUACCCAUCUUACCUCUGCACCCUGAAGAAUCAGAUAAACAGCUGCCACCACUCGGCUGGCAAUCGUUUGUCGCGAAGCGGCUCGUAGCCCAUUACCUCGACCUGGGCUCGUGGGUCACGCAUCUGACCGAACUUUCUCGCUAUGGCAACAUACCUCUGUGCAACCUGGAGAGCAACGACCCGCGUUUCCUCAUCGACAUCGCCUAUGCUAGGCGACUCCAGAAGGACAAGGUCGUCCUCUGGUGGUCUGCUUCUGCUAAACCCGACCACGCCAGUUAUGAGAAGGAUGACAUUCUUGCACCGCUCGAGACCGUGGAGAUGCCGUCAGUCAAUAACCCGGGCACCUACUCGUCGGUGUGUAUCGAUCUGACUCUGCGCAAUCUCGCCAUCAACACUGUUCUCUCGUCCUCCUUGAUUAAUGAGCUGGAGGGUGCAGACUCGGUGUCAUUCAAUCCUGCGGCACCUUCUCUGGAUGCAGCAGGCGACGGCACCAAUGUCAUCUACUCUGACAAUGCGUUUGCCACAGCUGGCAUCACUGUGCUCCGCGAGAUGGUCAAGGCUUGGUGGUGCGAAGCGGAACGGGGCGAUUACAUGGCGGACGUGAUGGUGCAACAUCUUGUCCGAUGGGUCGGGAGCCCGGGCUCCUUCCUAUACGAUCGAGCGCUCCAUUACUACGUUCAGAUGAUGUCUAAGAAGGCUCUGCAGCAGCUGAUGGCUGACUUCAAGCGCGUAGGCUCACACGUCGUCUUCGCAGGCCCUAAUCGAUUACUGCUUCAGACGACCAAGGCCGAGGUUGGGAAUGCUUACGCCUAUAGCCAGUAUAUCCUCAAGACGAUCCAGGCCAAGCCGCUGUUCCAGUUUCUGGACCUCGAGGUCAAAGAGUAUUGGGAUUAUCUCGUCUGGUACGACGAGUUCAACUAUGGUGGUAAAGGGUGCGAGAAGGUGGUGGAGGCGGAGAACCAGACUCUAGACAACAUCAUGUGCUGGCAGUUUGCACAGUUCCUUCCGGCCAGUCUCCAACCGUACUUCCACGACUGGGUCGUCGAGUUCAUCGAGCUGAUGCAUGCACGGAAGCGUCCUGCGGUCACGGACGGUUCGACGCCUCGUCUGACGCAAAUCCCACUCCGACCGCUCACCGUGGAUCCCACCGAAGAGACGCAAAUCCUCCCCAAGUCCUUCACCAAACCGCUCUUCAAGCAAAUCUCCACUCUCCUCCGACGCCAACACACCGAAAUGCUCCACCCGGACCUGGCCGCCGACUACGAGUUCCCCAAACUCCCAGGUUCGCAUCUCAACCUGUCCAACCCGGUCCUCCAACUCGUCAAGUCCAUCAUGCAGGUCCUCAGCCUCGACCGCGCCAUCACGCUCGAAGCCCGGCGCCUCCGCAAAGACCUCCUCACCCUCUUCGACAUUCGCGAGUUCAGCGCCGAAGCCAGCUUCGUGAAUCCGAGUGCGCAGCUCUAUGUGCGGGGCGUGAUUUGCGACGAGUGCACCGCGUCUAGGGACUUGGAUUUGUGCCGCGAGGCUGCGCUUCUUCCGCCACCUGGUGCUGCUGCUGUAGCAGACAACGCAUCAUCAUCAUCAUCUGUGCUGCCGAAAUGGAAGUGUGACAAUUGCCACGCCGCGUACAACAAGUUAAGGAUCGAGGAGCAGCUGGUGGCCGAGGUGCAGAAGAUGGCGCUCGAGUGGUGCACGCAGGAUCUCAAGUGCGGGCGGUGCGGGAGGCUGAGGAGUAAUGAGUUUAUGGAGCACUGCGCUUGUGCGGGUGAGUGGGUCGGGACGAAGGCGAGGGGGGAGGUCAGGAGGAGGUUGGGGGUUUAUGGGGGUGUGGCGAGGUUCUAUGGGUUGGGUAUGUUGGAGGCGGUGGUGAGGGAGUGCGAGGAGGGGUUUUAGCUUCUUUUUUGUUUUAGGGCAUGGAUGGGAGCGGUGUUUGUGGCUUUUGGGAUAUUCAUUGUUGGGUACUCUGUAGUUGGGUUGCGUUUUCCUCUCCGUUCCAACGGCGUACGUUGGUAUGUUUGUGUCACGGCGGCGGUUGCGGCGUUUCUCCCGCUGGGACUACAAGAACAGAUACGGAUAUAGGGCACGGCUACGGGUAGCUUUGGCGUUUAUCAGCAAAAGAAUCACAGUGAAUCCAUUG